AUGCCGCCAGCACUCGCAUACAUCGAGUACUCCAAUACCUUCCACCACCAAAGCUACCCGGCCAUCUCGCCGACUCGUCCCGAGCUCUCUGCCACCGGGAAGACUGUCUUUAUCAGUGGUGGCGGGCGCGGGCUCGGCACGGGGAUUGUGGAUGCCUUCGCACAGGCUGGUGCUAAGAACAUUGUCAUCAUGGGCCGAAACGCCACAGCCCUGCAAUCCGUUGCAACCGCGACCGAAACAGCCUGGCCCUCGACAAAGAUCACCACUGUCGCUGGAGAUGUGUCGUGUGAGGCCGACGUUGCGCGCGCUUUUGACGAGGUGAAGAAAGUGGCCCCAGCCGGCAUCGACGUGGUUGUCGCGAAUGCGGGGUAUUUAGCAACAGUGGCGCCAAUACCCGCCGCCACUCCCGCUGCAGGGGACAGCUCCACCGAGCAGACCAAAUUAGACCCCGUCCUCACGGACUGGUGGCGUGCCUUCGAAGUUAACGUUAAAGGCGUCUUCCUCCUCGCGCGACACUUUCUCGCUUUAGCAGUGCCUAAUGCCGUGUUCCUGAACGUAUCGGCCGGUGCCUGCCACCUCAACCCCGUACUACCUGGCUUUUCGGGGUACGCUGGGUCCAAGAUCGCGACGGCGCGGGUUGUUGAGACGCUGCAGGCGGAGAACCCUGCGUUUAGGUUCUACAGCGUGCAGCCUGGCGCUGUGAUGACGGAUAUGUUGACUAAUUCAGGACUUCUUGCGCUUCCAGACUUACCCUUGGAUGAUCUUGAGCUACCGGGCCACUUUAUGGUAUGGCUAGCUAGCCCGGAGGCUGAGUUCUUGAAAGGCAAAUUUUUGUGGGCCAAUUGGGAUGUCGAAGAGCUGAAGGAGAAGAAGGAGAAAAUUUUGGCGGGGAAUAAUUUGGUUACCGGCCUGGUAGGGUGGGCUUGA